CAAACGAUCGCCAACGGCAAUUCAACGCAUACCCCACCCCCGAACACUUCGAAACAAAUAAGAAAGAGAGAAGAGGAAUUCCAAAAAAUCCAGUUUUCCACCUCUCUCUCUCUCUCCCUCUCUCUCCCCCCUGACAAUCACAGGCACCAUGGACGUCAGAGUUGGGGUUUUGUUCCUUUUUGUGUUGGCAGCGAGUUGGGCUUGUGAUGCUAGACAACUGACAAACCUUGAUUUGUCUGUUUCAAAGUCAGGCCACCUGGUGGAAACUCAAACCUUCCAAGCUGAAGAAGUUGUUGGGAAUGAGAAAGCGUGCACAUUGUGUGAGGAGUUUGCUGGCCAAGCGCUUGAUUACAUUGGUGAAAACAAGACCCAGACAGAGAUCGUCGAAUACCUACAUCAGACCUGCUCUCAGUUGCGCUCUUUCAAGCAGCAGCGCGCGGCCAACUCCGACCCGGGAGACGGUGGGGCCCCAGGGAGGGUAACCGGACACGGACAAGUAGGCUCGUGUGGUGCCAAGCAAUCGCUGAGGGGGACGUGUACGGUGGGCAGCCUUCGGUAGAAACCUCUGCUAAUUACCAAAAACUGGAAUAUUAACAAAUAAAUUCCAACAAAAAAUAAUAAUACAUAAUUAAUAAUAAAUAAAGAGAAAAUUAUUGAGA